AUGCCGCCGAAAAAGGACGUGAAGGUGUCUAAAGCGGAUCUCGCGAGGAAGCAGAAGAUCGUGGAGGAUAAGACGUUCGGGCUGAAGAACAAGAAUAAGAGCAACAAGAAGAAGAAGGAGGAGGAGGCGAAGCGGGAGAAGGAGCUGAACGAGCUGUUCAGAGUGGCCAUCACGCAGCCCAAGGUCCCGCCAGGCGUGGACCCCAAGUCCAUUGUCUGCGAGUUCUUCCGCCACGGGCAGUGCAGCAAGGGCUUUAAGUGCAAGUUCUCGCACGAUCUGAGCGUGGAGCGCAAGGGCGAGAAGAUCGACCUGUACAGCGACCAGCGGGAUGAGGAAGACAAGAUGGAGGACUGGGACCAGGCGAAGCUCGAGCAGGUGGUGGCGUCUAAGGGCGCGGAGUACAAGAACGCCAACAAGCCCACCGAGAUUGUGUGCAAGCACUUCCUAGAGGCUGUGGAGAAGAAGCAGUACGGGUGGUUCUGGGUGUGCCCCAACGGGGGCAAGGACUGCAUGUACCGCCACGCGCUGCCGCCCGGCUACGUGCUCAAGUCACAGAUGAAGGCUCUUCUGGAGGAGGAGCAGGCGAACAAGCUGACCGUUGAGGAGAUGAUUGAAAACGAGCGCAAGAUGACAGCAAGCCACACGCAGCUGACGACCGAGAUCUUCAUGGAGUGGAAGCGGAAGAAGCAGGAGGUGAAGGACGCUGAGCAGGCAGCCAAGAAGGCCGCACGCGCCAAGGAGGACAGAAUGAGUGGUCGCGAGCAGUUUCUGUCCGAUGCCUCCCUCUUCGUGGACGACGAUGCCGCAUGCGACGCCUACGAGAGAGUGGAGGAGGCUGCAGCUCCCCCUGCUGCUUGUGCAGGCCUGUUUCUGUCCGAUGCCUCGCUCUUUGUCGACGACGACGCCGCAUGCGACGCAUAUGAGCGAGUGGAGGAGGAGGAAGGGGCCGCAGCUCCCCCUGUUGCCACUCCAGGCGAAUCCAGCAGCGGUGGGGGAGGUGCUGCUGGGCCUAGCUCAUCUGGAGCAGCAGGAGGGGGUGAGGCUGGUUCGUCUGGGCUUGCUCUCACGGAGGAAGAUGAGAUGCUAUUGGCUGAGGAUGAUGAUGAGCUGGCACCGGAGGAGCUGGAGGAGCUGGAAGCUGAGCUGGCAAAGACAUCAAUCUCUUGA